AUGGCUGACCCCCGCGUUGAAGAGAUCCACGACGAGGAGCCCCAGAAGGCGGGCGUUGAGGAUGCCGGCAGCUCUUCUGAGUCCGAGGCUGGCGAUGAGCCCACCAUCCCCGGAGGUGCCGCCGUCACCAUCCACUCUCGUAACGAGAAGAAGGCCAGAAAGGCCAUUGGCAAGCUCGGCCUGAAGCACGUCCCCGGCAUCACUCGUGUCACCCUCCGCCGUCCCAAGAACAUUCUCUUCGUCAUCAACCAGCCCGACGUCUACCGUUCCCCCUCCAGCAACACCUGGAUCAUCUUCGGUGAGGCCAAGAUCGAGGACCUGAACUCCCAGGCCCAGGCCUCCGCUGCCCAGCAGCUCGCUGCUGCUGAGGCCGCCGCCGGUGGUGAGCACGCCGGUCACGACCACGAGCACGACCUCGGCACCGCCAAGGCCCCCGAGACCGAGGCCAAGAAGGACGAGGAGGAGGACGAUGGAGAGGCUGUUGACGAGUCUGGCCUCGAGGCUAAGGACAUCGAACUGGUUAUGGCCCAGGCUAAUGUGUCACGCAAGAAGGCCGUCAAGGCUCUACGGGAGAACGACAACGAUAUCGUGAACUCGAUCAUGGCUCUCAGCAUAUGA